UGGAAGUAUGAAACAGUUACGACUGAGUUUCCAACAACAAAGAUCCUCCGAAUAUUUUAUCGGGACACAAUUGAGUGCUUACAAUCACUUCUCAGCCACCCACUGUUGGCUACCAGCUUUGAUUUCAUCCCUCGCAAAGUUUACGAGUCUGCUGAAUGUGCUGUCCGAGUGUAUCAUGGAUUUAUGACAGGUGACCAUGCUUGGAACCUUCAGAAAGACCUAUCUGAAGGUGCAUCACUCCUUGGUGUAGUCCUCUCCUCGGACAAGACCAAGGUCAGCAACAUCGCUGGUAACCGUUAUGCACAUCCACUUCUCAUUAGUCUCGCCAAUAUCAAUCCCAGUGUGCGCGCCAAAGGCUCCUUACAUGCCUAUAUCCCACUCGCUCUACUUCCUGUUGCAAAGUUCGUGCACAGGAGCAAACACAUGCGUGGGGUUCUUGCAGACCACUUACUCCACCAAUGUAUUGACCUUGUUGUUGAGCCAUUGAAGCAAGCAGCCUGUCUCGGCAUUAUGAUGAGUGAUCCACAGGGAUUUAGCAGGUAUUGUUUCACCCCCCUUGUUGCUUAUGUCGCAGAUACUCCAGAGGAGCUUGUCAUUGCAUGCGCUACGAUGAACUCAUCGCCUGUCACUAUGGCUACCUGCAAAGACUUUGGAGACCCAAUCCGACACCCUCCUCGUAAUGGAUCAUCCACCCUCGCCAAUAUCACAGCCAUUAUCGCGUCUAUCUCACCAUCUGAUCUUGGGCACAGCGCACGAGCUGAGGCCGAAGCCCUUCGGAUCCGAUACUACUUGAGUACAGUCUUAACAGACCAUGACCGUCUCUGGUGCACAUUGGUGGUUGGCUCACAAGAAAUUGAUUUUCGACGAGACCAUCGCAAUGUUCAAUGUUACAUCAUCGGUGUGAUUGCUGGUGCUGCCCCUGCUGACUUCGUAUCCACUAUUCAUGCUCUCGCAGAGUUUAGAUACCUCGCUCAAGCCCCGCAUUUCACCGACAAGCAAGUGGUGGAGUUGGACCGCUGUUUUAAAGCCUUCCACCGGCUCAAACAUUCCAUUGUUGAUGCUGGUGCUCAUUGGGGGAAAAGGGGUGAGGAUAAGCCAUGGGCAAUUCCAAAACUUGAGUUGCUGCAGGGGGUAAUACCUAGUAUUUAUUCACAUGGUACUGUCAUGCAGUGGUCUGCAGACCCCACUGAACAUGCACAUAUCAGGGUUGUGAAGGAGCCAUUGAGGGCAGGGAACAAUCACGACUACGAUGCGCAAGUGUGUCGCCACCUUGAUCGUCGCGAUAGGGUGGAGCACUUUGACCUCGCACUGCAGAUGCGUGCGCAGGAGGAUCGUGAAGGUCAUGAAAGUGACGAAGACAAUGAGGGUGGUCUCGCUCACCAUUUUGUCAAGGACUACUUUGCUUGCGCACACGACCUCAUUAACAGUGUCCAUCCUCAAGCUCCCCGUCCCUAUCAAACAUUCUCAACCUUGAUCAAUGCUUACCAUCUCAACGAUCACCCCACGCUCACGAAAAUGACAGUGGAUAAGGCUUCUGAACACUUCUCUCUUCCUGACCUUUGUCCCGCAGUCUCUGAUCAUCUCGACCAGGAUGACGCCCAUGUUGAUCAUUUCGUCAUUGGUGGCAGGCGCCGUGCGCACCCUGGCUGCCCCCUCCCCUUUGAACGCAUUCAAAUAUGGUGCAUGCAGUCAAAAUCUUUUCAUGACCCUGAACAUCUUGAGCCCUCACAAGCACUACAUGUUGAACCGCCCUCAAAUUCCUGGCCAUAUGGCCGAUAUGACUCUGUUAUUGUUAGUACAGGCGACAUGCACAAGUGGCCAAAAAGACACUUUGUCGCUCACCUUCGUUUAAUUUUUCGUCCCAUCACACCACUUUCAUAUUCUCAAACAUAUCUUGCAUAUGUCAAACGUUUAGACGUUGUGACUCUCGACGAAUCUACGGGUAUGUAUAUCCUCAGGCGUGCUCGACGAGCGAAUAACGAAAAAAUUGGCGAUGUUAUCCCAGUCACUCAGAUUGUGGCGCCCGUCCAUCUCAUCCCGCAUUUUGGUCGAAAAGCUGAUCCGCGAUUAACGAUGCAAAGCAGUAUUAACCAUACCACAGAGUUUUACUUGAAUAAGUUCUGGAACAAAGAGCUGUUCUUUGCGCUUCAUGUGACUGGUAGAUAG